AUGCUCACGGUCUUUAUGGCCUAUCUUUCCUCACCAGCUUUGACAUCUCAAGUACAAGUACAAUUCGCUACUAUAUCAGCAGCACCUGCAUUCUUGCCUGAUGCUCCCUUAUCCUCUCCUCCAACUUUAUCACCAGAUAUCGAACCUGUGUUUCCUACUCCUAGAGUUGGAGCUCCUUCUCCUACUGAGUCGUCACUACCAACCAUUCCUUCAAGUCCAACCCCUCCAAAUCCAGAUGGCGUGCUAGCUCCUGGGCCUGCAGGAUUUCCAAUUUCACCAUCUGGGUCUUUGCCAGUCUCUUCUUCAGUUUCUCUAACUUCAUCAAGUCCUUUAAAUUUAGCUGUUUUUCUUGGUCUGCUGGUGUUCUGCUUAGUGCAGCUUUCGGAUGGUGUUGAGGAUUUAUUUGAAGAUUACAGAAGAAUUUAUCUAGAUGGUAAGGUUGAAUAUUUUGAUUCUUUGUCAAUUGUAACUGUGCUUGUCUGA